ACCUGCAAGAGUUCGGGAGCGCCGCGCCGCGCCGGCAGCCGUGUGGCGGCGUGGCAUCAACGUUUCGUUGUGUGCCGAAGCGCGCGCGUUUACCAUAACCUCGCUUGGUCGGUCGUCGCUCGUGGCUUGGCAGGAUGUCGUCGUGCACGGACUUGUUGCGCCUGAACGAGAAGGGGUUGUUCAAGGAUGUCAAGGUGAGCCUGUCGAGAAGCGCCAAGGAGACGCGAAACAUCCUCGAGAUACGCGACAACGUGCUGUACGUGUGGAACGCCGACAAGUGCUGCGUGCUCACGCUCAACGUCGCGGCGACCCGCGGCAAGCUCGACGAGGACAUUCCUUAUCAGACGCUACGACCAACGGAUCCGCCGAUAUUUGAGGUCACGAAUGUACUGAUAAACGAGACUGCAACGCAAUUGGCGCUAUGGGGCAAACUGGGCAUUGCUCUUAUGGAAUUACCGAAGCGAUGGGGCAAGGACGCCGUUUACGAAGGCGGUAAAGAAGAGAUUCUUUGCACGAAUCAUAAUUUCGGCGACUUCGGGGCAACCACGGAGAUUCAACGAGUGCGAUGGCAUCCGGGAUCUACGAACGACUCUCAUCUAUUGAUUUUGACAUCUGAAAAUUCUUUUUGUUUAUAUGAAUGCGAACUGGGCGGUGCACCGAGACUCGUAAAAUGCUGGAAGGUCGGCCGCGCGCCGUCGAGCUCGCCAUCGAAAAUCCCGGACUUUACGUCCCUCGGCGAAACUGCAGUGGACUUCGAUUUCGCCACUCCUACCCUGAGGAAGCCGGAAUUGUUCGCCAACAAGAACACGAACGAGAUAAAGGAAGCGGUAGAUUGGAAUCAGAUCGAAUGGCCGAUCUUGGUGCUGCGUGGAAACGGCGAAGUACUAAUCGUUCGUGGAAACUUUUUAUUGGAGAACUAUGAGAAUCCAGUAGUGUUGGGUUCGCUGUCCAUGUAUCCGUCGACCGACGAUAAUUACGGGAUAGAUUCAUGCUCUAUCAUGUGCCUGCAAACUACCCCGCCGAUAGUGGUCAUCGCCAUGUGCACCGGAAAGAUUUAUCACGCGAUACUGCUGCGCGAAAUAUCGGACGACGAUGACGACGACAGAAAGACUUGGUCGCAAUAUGGUUCAAACUACAGUCUUCAUACGCCGGACGAUGCGCUUUACGUUUACGAAUGCGUCGAACUGGAGCUCGGUCUUCUCUUUACGGAUGACGAUAAGAAAUAUAAUUGUCCCAUCCAUCUUCACUGCGACAAGGGCAAUAAAUCGAGAUAUUUUUGCUCUCACAAUGCUGGGAUUCAUAUGGUGAGUUUACCGAUGGUUUCUCAACUGGAGGAGCUUAUACAUGACAAUAGCGGGAAUUAUUUGCCAUCUUUGUUAAACCAAUCGGUUUUACAAUAUCUAUUUUCUACGAGAACCAAGCACACGAACGUAGACGAAGCUACGCCGAUACUCGGCUUCGGUCUCCUUCAAGAGCCCUGUGUUCUAGUCGCAUUGCUGCACACAGGCGUUGUCAUCGAUCUGUCGGUUAUAGAUCUUUAUUAUCUCCCUAGGAUUGAACAGCUAGAACCGGUUAUGAAUCUUACGAAAAAGGUAAAUAAGGAACCAUUCGACGUAUACAUCAAGAAAUUAUUGAGACGUGAGACAUCGCAACCUAUAACUAAAAUAGGAUCUCGCUCGAUGUCUUUAAGUGAAUCUUUAGAGUUGUUGUAUCACGCCACAAAUAUUUUUCGUACUCAACACUUCGUUCGACACGACAAAGUCCGGGAAGAAAUCAGUAAGAAAGUACGCGCUUUGAAAGCUUUGAAAAGCCACCUAUUAAAAGAACUCGAUACGUUGACAGAGACGAAGAAAGAAUUGCGACAGACCGCCGAACUUUUAGCCGAGCGAUAUGAAGAUAUUAAUGAUAAACAGAAAGAAUUGGCCCGUAGAGCAGAGGAAGUUUUAAGAUUGGUCAAUUACAAAGAACCUUCGAUGACUUCCGUCGAGCGAGCGGAGGCGGAAGAAUUAAAGAAAAUGGACGUAAAGAUACACGAUAUGAAGAUUCGACUUGAACAGCUCAAGAAAAAGUCUGCUCAACAGACUGCGCAUACUAAUGGUACUGAGGUCAAUGGAAAGACGAAAGAAAUUGUUUUCACACACAAUCAAGAGGAGGCAGUAAAGGAGACUCUUUGUCAAAUGGCGAAAAAUAUAAAGAAUUUGGUUGAUCAAGCAAAACAGAUCAGAGCAGAAAUUAGUCUUUCAUAUAUUAGCAAGCAGUAAUAGCAAAUAUUAUUAAUGUCUAAAUUGUAAUUAGUGAAUUUAAAUUUCAUUUUAAAACAAAUUUGUAUACAAUAAA